AUGAACACAGAGCGUGGGCCGCAGCAGCAGCAGCAGCCGCCGCCAUCCAGGGGCCACAGAGGCCGCAGUUCUGGGAACAAGUCUAAAAAGCGUUGCCAGCGCAAGGAAACCUACUCGAUGUAUAUCUACAAGGUGCUGAAGCAGGUACACCCGGACAUCGGCAUCUCUGCCAAAGCCAUGAGCAUCAUGAACUCGUUUGUGAACGAUGUGUUUGAACGGCUGGCUGGUGAGGCUGCCCGGCUGGCCCAGUACUCGGGCCGAACCACACUGACUUCCCGGGAAGUCCAGACGGCCGUGCGUCUGCUGCUGCCUGGGGAGCUGGCCAAGCAUGCUGUGUCCGAGGGCACCAAGGCUGUCACUAAGUAUACCAGCUCCAAGUGACCUAAGGCCUGACAUAAAUAAAGAGUGAACUGUU